AUUUUUGGGAGAUUUUUAGCUGUCUGUGUUGCAUGUAUCCUUCCAAACUCAGACGUCGAUCAAGGGUUUCAAAAUCACAUCCAUCACAAUUUUACUGGGGCAUCAACAUCUCCGACGAGGCACCCAAUUUCAACUCAUCACGUUGUGUAUGAGCUAAGGAUAUAUUCACUAGAGGAGGCCACAUUUGGCCUGAUUCUUGCAUCUCGGGCUAUCAGAGCUGCUCAUUGUUUGACCUCAAUAAAGUUUUCACCUACCUCUGAGCAUUUGUUGCUUGCUUAUGGUCGUCGGCAUAACUCGCUUCUUAAAAGCGUCGUGAUUGAUGGAGAUACAACUGUACCCAUAUACACGAUUCUGGAGAUCUAUAGAGUUUCUGAUAUGGAACUUGUGAGAGUACUUCCAAGUGCAGAAGAUGAGGUUAAUGUUGCUUGUUUCCAUCCUUUGGUUGGAGGUGGUCUUGUAUAUGGAACCAAGGAAGGAAAGCUGAGAACUCUUCAAUGUGAUGUAUCUCAUGUCUUUAAUAAUGAAGGAUCCUUUGUUCCAGAUGAUAACAUGUUGGAGGUUCCAACAUAUGCAUUAGAAGGUUGA